AUGUGGGUUUUCAAAUGUAACUAUCAAAAGAGCGGUCAGCUUGGUGCACUGCAGAAUAUCUCCUGCGCUUUGUGUCCAGAGAGAGAGUUUAUCGUAGGAAGAGCAAGCAAAAGUACACUAGUUAUAGAGGAAAAAGGUGUAUCAAGAACACAUCUCCGACUAGAGGUAAUAGACGACCAUGUCAAUAUUCUGCUAUUGGGAUCUCAGCUGAAAGUUGGUGGCGAAGAUGCAUCUAAGGGAUCGGUGUUACCGUUUGGACCAUCUCAGAGCCCUGUUAUUCUGGAAGUGGGAUCACAUUCCGUCCAAUGCAUAUUGGAGUGGGCUCAAUGGGAGUUCAAGGUCCCGAAUACUUUGUUACAAGAAGACCCUGCUUUGCUUGAGGUAAUUAAAGGGUUAGGAAUACGAGUGGUGACCUCUUUUUCGAAGGCCACUACACAUCAUAUUAUUAGACCCCAUGAAGAUGACCAAGAUUACGAAAAGUAUUUGUUUGCACUUGUUAAAGGCAUACCAAUAUUGCAUCUCGAAUUUCUGAAACAAUUUACCGCUCUUCUUCGACAGCCUGUUACCGAUUUUGACCCACAGCUACGCAGUAUACAAGAGCAGCAUUACGCCUUUAGAGGCUUUACUAAGAAAGCCGCAGACCUGAAUGGGUUGCACUUUAUAGUAAACAGAAAACAUGAUUUUGAAAUGCUAAAAUAUACAUUGGAGAUAGGAGGUGGAACGGUGCAUUUUUGCCAUGACAUUAAUGACUUGAGCGCAUGUCUCAAGACAAUACCUAUUAAUGGAGCUCUUGCAUUGAAAUAUGAUCAUGGGAUAUCUGCAGAGGUAAAGAAAGUUGACGAUACACGAUAUUGUGAGGUCUUGCACUCGCAUGGUAUACAGUUGUUUACUGUCCAUGAACUAACGAAAGCCAUACUGUACGAUAAGCUUGCUCAGUUGCUAAGUAAGAGGCCACCCACUAUGAUGAAAUUAGUGGAACCAGUGCCAUCUACUAUAUCUCAAACACAAGAAAUGAAACAAGAAUCUUUAUCACCCAUCUCAUUGGGAAAUACGACUAUCAAGGAUUUACCGCGUAAAGACAAAACAAGGAAACGGCUCAAGAAACCUCAGCCUCUGGAUAGUUUGUCAUUUUUUGCAGGUGGUCUAUCGCGGCAGAAUAGCUCGAUAGGUGGUACAGCUGACCUUGUUAAACAAGAAAGCAUGAGCUUAGGAGCAGAUACUCAUUAUGGAAGUCCAAACGAUGUCCAAUCGUUACCCGCGACCCAAAGCCCGAAAAAGAGGAGGCGUCCAAAGGUUGAACCGCUAGGGAAUUUAAUGACCUCUCAAUUGCAAAAAGCUUUCGAUGAUCCAACUAUUUCGAGCGCGAAAGUAUCGCCCACUGAGCAGGAAAUUAUCCCAGUUCGUGAAUCACAAGCUAAAAAAACCCCCGACCCCAUUGGGGCAUUUAAUGGCACUUCACAGAAGGGGAGUAUAGAAUCGAACUCAAGGAAGAGGCAGCCGAGCCCUGGAUAUCCCUACGAACCCCUACCGGCCGGAGUAGGUAAUGGAGAUAUCCUCAAUAAGCAAUGGAAAUCCUUAGAUGAGCAGCCACCUUCUAAAAAACCUAGAAUGCAAGAAACAGACCUGUACUCGGAAGUGAUGUCGGGAAGUAGCGAAGAGUAUCGGGAGGAACUAACCAGAUCAAAACUUAAUUCCUUAGAUGAGGAAUCCAUUAAGAGCCGAAAGAGAACAAGUUCAGAAAAGCCUGUGAAUAGUUGUAAACGUCGGCAGGCUCCUGCUGUACCGGAACAAAACAUAGUUGAUGCUAUCAAACAAAUAAAGGAACGUGAAGUCAACCGCAUAAGAACCACAAUAGUAGAACUGGGCCCCGAGGAAUUAACCGAAGAUGCUAUAAGGCAACUUAAAUCGUUAGCGAUUGUCCAGCCAGUAGAUAUGCUCAGGCAACAACAUACUGUAGAUACAGUUGGUUCGUCGCCAUUAACCUUUGCACGGAAGAACUACAAGAAUUUUAAGAAGGUGUGGCCCAAAUAUAUGAAUCGCAAGAAUUCGCCUGAAACAAGGAAUGCUACCGCGAUCAGUAACAGAAAAUAUCUCCCAUUGGAACUUUAUGAAACUGAUCUUCAGAGCCGGACGUUAUUUGAAGAUGGUGCGCCUCCACGACAGAAGGACAAUAUUUCUCGUUCUACUUCUACAAGUGGCCUCUCGAACGACCUUGCAAGUAACCGCGGAAAGGACCAUCCGGCUCCUGGAAGUUUAUUUUCGAACCAUGCAUUACUAGGAAAUGAUAACGCAGGCCCUGAGCCAAUCUUCAAUUUUAGUUCCCGUUCCCGCGAGGACACAAAUUCUCCUACAGCGUCACCAGCUCCAAACCUGACACAUGAUAACACUUUAUUUGUGGUAGAUGACGAAAACGAAGAUGGCGACGGAAUGGCUGAUACAAGCAUUGCCCAGAGAGUCUCAAGGGAGAGACAUGCUACUACUAAACCUGCGGAACCCGAUACGGCUGAGCCACGACACACUCGUCGAAAACAUGCUCCCAGACCAUCCGCGGCCGCAGCAGACAGCGAUGAAGACGGCGAACCAACGUUCGCAUUUAAACGCGCACGAUGA